AUGUACUAUAGAUCAUUUCAAGCUCAUAAUAACUCAUCCAUAAAUUCUCUAUGUCUGAUUAAGUCGACGAAUUUUGUGUUGUCUGGUGGAGGAAACGAUUGCUUGGUACGAUUACAUAAUCUUAGUAAUGAUCAUGUCCAAUCAACCACAUUUCCAAAAGAGCAUAUCACUGCAGUCAAUAGCAUUGACGUAAGUGACUCGGGGGAAAUAUUUGUAUCGGGAGGAGGAGAUACAAUCAAUGUGUGGGACCUGGUCAAGCAAUGCAAAUUGAUGAGAUUUCAAUCGAUAAAUGAACAAAUCAGAGAUGAAGUUUUCGAUUGCAAAAUAUUGAACGAUAGUUUGGUUGUGUCGUGUGGAACUAAUUGCUUUGUUAAUUUCCAUGACUUACGACAGCCCAAGAGAACCAAGCCCAUUUACAGUGUUAAAGCUGGAAAUGAUAAUUUGAAUUCGCUAGAUUAUAAUCCAAUAUCGAAAGUUCUUUCAGUAGCAAGUCUUGAUGGCCGGUUGACUAGAAUUGACUUAAGAAAUCAGGAGGUUAUCCGGGAUGGGUUUGAUUGUGGUGGUUUAUUAAACGUUAGGUUGUGUCCGGGCAAUAGGACAUUAAUAACUUUCGAAGAUGGUAAAUUGAAGCUAUGCGAUUCCAACGAUUUGCAGAUAAUGUUAGAAGUCACACUUUCUAACGACAAAUUAAUCUACAGAAUAACGUCAGAAGUGAUUAAAGACUAUUAUUCGGAGACUGAAUAUAUUAUAAGUGGGUCGGAAACCGGUGUAGUUUGCAUGUGGAAACAUGACCCAGCAGAUCGUACUGUUACAGAUUUUAAGACCUUUGAGCCGCCACUGGCCUCAUGUACAGAUAGUUCUCGUAUUUUGAGUAUUGUCAGAUUUAUUGCAUCUUCAAAUAGGCUUAUUUGUUCCAGCGAAAAUGGGCUUUUGCAUAUCUGGGAAAAUGUUUUGUAA